UGAUUUAUAAUCAUCUUUAAUUACCCAUCCCACAAUAAUAAUUAAGGGGUCAAUAUUCAUCGAUUCAUUCCUUGAAUUCGAUCAUACACGACCGAUAAUGGAACUUGGUGGGAGCUCAAGGAAGAAGAAGGAGACCGAUGAUGAUGAACUGUUUCGAGUCAUUCACAAAGUCCCAUCUGGCCAUGGAUCUUAUGUUAAAGCCAAGUAUGCUCAGCUAGUAGAGAAGAAUUUGGAGGUGGCAAUAGUGUGGUUUUGGAAGGCAAUAAAUGAAGGAGACAAAAUGGAAAGUGCACUUAAGGACAUGGCUGUGGUAAUGAAGCAACUUGAUAGAGGCCAAGAGGCCAUUGAAGCCAUCAAAUCCUUUAGACAUCUCUGUCCCAAGAAAUCCCAAGAAUCUCUUGAUAAUCUCCUCAUUGAUCUCUACAAGAAAUGUGGAAAAGUGGAUGAACAGAUAGCUUUGUUGAAACAGAAGUUGAGGUUAAUAUACAAAGGAGAAACUUUCAAUGGGAAGCCAACAAAAAAGGCUCGAUCCCAUGGGAAGAAAUUGCAUGUUUCUGUCAAACAAGAAAUCUCAAGACUAUUGGGAAAUAUUGGUUGGGCCUACAUGCAAAAGCCCAAUUACAUGGCGGCUGAAGCGGUCUAUAGGAAGGCCCAAAUGAUUGAUUCGGAUGUCAAUAAAGCUUGCAACUUGGGCCUUUGUUUGAUCAAACAGGCCCGAUAUGUCGAAGCUCGAACCAUACUUGAGGAGGUGUUGCAAGGUCGAGUUGUGGGUUCUGAGGAUAUUAGGGCUAAAAAUCGCGCCAAGGAACUAUUGUUGGAAAUUGAACCGCAAGACUUACCGAUGUCUUUGCCAAGCCCGUUGGGCUUUACGCAAGAAGAUGAUUUUGCGGAUUUGGUUGAUGAGAUUGAUAGAUUGUUGGAAGAAUGGAACCCUUUGAGAACAAAAAGACUUCCAAUAUUUGAAGAGAUCUCUCAUAUCAACUUGACUGCCAAUUGUAGUAAUCAGACAAUCAUUUUGUCAAGAAGGUAGACUUGGAUUAGAAUUUGAGUAGCAAACAUCAUAUAUGUUUACAUAGGUAACAAAUUUCAUCUUACAAGUGUUAAA